AUGGAAAUAAAUUCUGUAGAACAAACAAAUACUAAUAUAGAAUUAGUUAAUUCAGAUAAUUUGGAUAGUAUAAAUAAUUUAGGUUCUAAUGUAAAAAUAGUUGAAUCUUCAGAAAAUAGAGAAGUUUUAGAAAAUAUAAAAAUAGUUGAAUCUUUAGAUGAAUCAGAAAAUGAAGAUAUAAGUGUCAAGAAAGG